UGAAGUCGAAGCAAAGCUUGCUCUGCUUGCUUGGCUGCAAAAAAAUUCCUGAAAAAAAAACGAAAACAAAAGACGGUUGGCAUCACUGUGUGUUUGUUACCGUCGUGAAAAGUUGUGUGUGCAAUGGUGGAUGGGAUUAGUGGAGGCCGCUUGUGCGUGCCGUCAAACUGCUGAUAGCAAAAGAGACAUUCAUUGCAUUAGUAGAAGAAAUAAAUCUGCAUUAUCGUCAAACGCGAAAGGUGAAGUAUAUCGGUGAAAAGUUUGUUGAGCGUCAUUUGAGGAAAGAACAAAUAAAAGAAAUCAAGCCCCGCGCAAAAAAGAGCAUCGACGUAUCAAUAUAUUUUUUUUCUCUUUUUUUUCAUUUUUGACGCGACUUUCCAUAUAUUGGAAUAAAGAAGAAUUUUAAUUUGUCGCGGAGGCGCGUGCGUGUGUUCCGUGAAAUUUGGCGGAAUCGUGUUUUGGCCGGAAUUCGGCAAGCUUUUUUUUCAUGAGGGAAAUGUAACCACGAAACAAAAAUAAUAGAGAAACAGCCGGUUCGGUAAUAAUAAUAAUAACCGUGCGAGGGAGUGGGGCGAAUGGUUGUGCAACGUGAAAAAUUGUAUUUUUGUCCGUACUAUUGGCGCUCUUUGAAAAACGGCCGUGAAGAAGCGCCCUGAAAAAAAAGGAAAGAGGAAAAAAGAAAAAACCGUGGGGCCCCCUCAGUGCCGUAAAAAUCGGGCGUGUAAAUAACACGACGAGGACAGCCGAAGAAGAGAGAUACGGCGUAAAGCGACUCGCUUCAGUGUGUACGUCACGGACUGUGAAUUUACUUGGCUGUGCGCGCAUGUGUGAGUGUGUGUCGGUUGCCGACGUUUGGACUGCUGCCUGCUGCUGCUGCCGUGCGCGGGGUUGUGCUUCAACAGAGAGAAAAACCCGCCGGGUUUUCUUUUUUUAAUUUCUUCGAAAUACACCGACGUGAUAGAGAAAUUCAACGAAGUCUCUAAUUCCGCCUUUUCCCUUCGUUCUCCUCAAGCCCGCAAAGUUUUCGGGCGAUUUCCCAAUCAUAAAAGACCACUCGGAAUUUGUUAAGAAGGUUAGAGUUUUGCGGGUGUGAGAAAAAACGUUAUAUACAAGUUGACACAGUUGAAGUUAGUUUUCGAAAGUGACAAGUAUUGUUGGUUUUAACGUGCAAUUAUUGAAUGCGUUAAUGGUUCGUGAAUAAUCGCGUUUUAUAAGUAGAAAAGGACGCCGAAGUUGAGGACGCUGAGAUAAAAAAGGAGAAAAAAGAAAUCACUACGCCAGAAGCGCGUUUAUCGGUGUAGUUACAUUUUCAGAAAGUUGAAUCUUGCUCGCAGGGUAAAUACGCGAAGUGGCGUGUACGUGCGUGCGUGUAAGUGUGCGCGUGUAGAUGGUAAAAAAAUGAUGUGAUCGACGGUCAUCAUGGCGGCACCCAUGUUAAAGUGGAAACGGAUCACAAAUCCAACCGGGCCCCAGCCAAGACCCCGUCAUGGACACAGGGCAGUCGCCAUUAAAGAUCUCAUGGUCGUUUUUGGCGGUGGCAACGAGGGUAUAGUUGAUGAGCUACAUGUUUAUAAUACAGCGACGAACCAAUGGUUUGUCCCGUUAACAAAGGGCGACAUACCGCCCGGCUGCGCAGCCUAUGGCUUUGUGGUGGAUGGUACGAGGAUCCUGGUGUUCGGGGGUAUGGUUGAGUAUGGAAAGUACUCGAAUGAGUUAUACGAGCUCCAAGCGAGUCGUUGGGAAUGGAAGAGAUUGAAGCCGAAGCAUCCCAAGCACGAGCAGCCUCCUUGUCCGAGACUCGGUCACAGUUUCACGCUGAUCGGAAACAAAGUUUUCCUGUUUGGUGGACUCGCCAAUGACAGCGAAGAUCCUAAGAACAAUAUACCGAGGUACUUAAAUGAUUUGUACACCCUGGAAUUAUUGCCAAAUGGUGCAACCGCUUGGGAAGUGCCACAAACGCACGGUCACGCGCCUCCGCCGCGAGAAUCCCACACCGGAGUCGCCUACACCGAUCGUGUCACUGGAAAAUCAUGCCUUGUUAUUUACGGCGGUAUGAGCGGCAGUCGUCUCGGGGAUCUCUGGUUUCUCGAUGUCGAUUCCAUGACAUGGAACAAACCGAUUGUUCAUGGCCCUACACCUUUGCCACGCUCGCUCCAUACCGCCACUCUCAUCGGUCAUCGUAUGUAUGUCUUUGGAGGAUGGGUCCCUCUCGUCGUCGAUGAUGUCAAGGUCGCGACCCACGAGAAAGAGUGGAAAUGUACGAGCACUCUGGCAUGCUUGAAUUUAGAAACACUGACUUGGGAACAGUUGACGGUAGAUUCUCUGGAAGAGAACGUACCGCGAGCACGUGCGGGUCACUGCGCGGUAGGAGUGCACAGUAGAUUGUACGUGUGGUCGGGUCGAGAUGGUUAUCGCAAAGCAUGGAACAACCAGGUAUGUUGCAAAGAUUUGUGGUAUCUAGAGGUGAGUAAGCCUCCGGCGCCGUCGAGGGUGCAGCUGGUGCGAGCGUCGACGCAUUCGUUGGAGGUCAGCUGGACUGCGACGCCCUCGGCUCAGUACUAUAUUCUGCAAAUACAAAAAUACGACAUGCCACCGGCAACGAGUGCGUUCCCGGUAGCGGCCCCGCCGCCGACGACCACGCCAGCGUUGACGCCGGCAACGCCGCCGACGAUUCCGGUAUGUUCACCGCCGGUGACAACGGCAGCGGCAACUCCGAUGAUCCCAGCGGUUGUGACACCGGUGCGUCCUACGGUUCCUCAAGCUGCGCCGAUUCGCGUGCAAACGCCGGUCCAAAUGCCGCCGGUAUCUAAGCCGAUUUCGUCGCCUGUAGUCGCUAAGCCCGCGAGCCCCAUGACACCCCGAGGGAAUCUCAUAAGAAUCCGUUCGCCUCUGGUAACAUCAGCCUCGAUCGUUGCUUCGCCAGUACCGGCGUCGACAAUCGCUGCUACUACGAUCGAGCAGCCGACAGUUGUAAACCCCGCGACGACCGUCAGCCAAUCACCAUCCGCGAUGUCCGGCAUCGCUGCACUUGCUGCGGCCGCUGCAGCCACUCCGAAGAUCAGUAUGAAUAACAUACCGAUGAUUUCACAAGCCGGAACGAACACCAUAAGAAUGAAGAGCGUGCAGCCGGGCCAGCAGAUUCGUUUCGCUGCGCCUGGGGCAACGGUUCUACGAACCGCAUCUCCGCAACAGAGUAAACAAAUAAUUCUGCAGAAACCCGGACAAAAUAUAACUGGACAGCCGCAGAUAGUUCAUUUGGUUAAAACGACCCAAGGCAUGAUGGCUACGGUGCCUAAAAUGAGCUUGAUUCCUGGAAAAAAUGUUCAAGGCGCUGGAGGCAAAGCUCCCAACCAAGGACCGACGAUUUUACGACUCGUUAAUCCGAACACAGUUGCCGGACUUAAAACUUUGACCACCGUUAAAACUUCAGGGCUCGUGGCGAUGAGCAAAGGUCAAAGUAUAGCUGGAAAACAAACAAUUAUGAUCACGAAACCCGGAGGCAACGGGGGACUUGUCGGUCGGACGAAUCAAAUAAUCGUUGUAACUACGGGCUCGGGUUUACGAGCCGUUCAGGCUGUCACUACGUCACAGGCCGGCGCCGGACAAGCUGGAAAUCUUACGACUCCGGUUAACGUUCUUCCCCUAUCGGCAGCCAAUCACGUGACGAAUCAGCAAGGUGUGAAGAUGAUCGUCGUCUCCUCGGGUGCUAUGGUGGGUGGAACUUCCGGUAAACCGAUUACAAUCACGGUUCCGGGUCAGGGCGGCGUACCGAAGACGGUUACGAUCGCGACUAAAGGCGGACAGCAGACGAUCUUCAAUCCUGGAAAAAGUCAAAUCGUCACGAUGCCUCAGAUACAGAAAGGACAAGACCCUCUAGCAGCCGGAAAACCUGUUACCCUCCAAAUGUCCGGAGGCUUGGGAGCUAAAACCGUGACUCUGAUGCCAACGAGCAGUUCGAUCGUCACGACCUCCGCGGAUUCGAUCGACACGACCAAAAUGAUGUUCGUUCCACAAAAACAGCCUUCAGCUUCGUUAGCCUCGACCUCCGAUGGCCCAGCAACGACGGAUGCUGCUCUCGCCGCUUUGGCUGCCGAAGCUGGCCUCAUCGAUCCCGUCCAAGAGCCUUCGGGCGGUUUGUCUUUCAUGGUCGCUGACGACGUAGCUGGUGACGAAAAAACUGACGACAGUUGUAACGGCAACGAAGCCUCGGUGACCGCCGCCCUCGUCUCACAAUUGACGGCCGGAGAGCCGAUGCAAGUCGACGGCGAAGGGAACUUUGUCAUUCCCCAGGUCGACGGCCCUUGUGAUUUGCUUUCCUCCGACGACGAGGACGCCGGGGCUCCCGAAACGACCACGCAAUCGGAGGCUGCUCUGGAAUCUCUUAACGAAGAUUCCCAAGAGAUGGAGCAAGAUCCCGCGCCUGUCGCGAGCACGGAAGAGCCGCAAGAGUCUUCGACAGACCCCACCGACGAGCCCGAGCCACCAAAGCCUUCGGAAAGCGAAGAAACCCAAGCACCGAAGAUCGAAGAGGCCUCGAGUCAAGAAACCGCGGAAUCGGAGCCUGCCACGCAACCAGAAACGCAAUCGAGCGAAAUCACGACGGAAAGUACCAGCGAACCGGAGCCCCCGAGCGAAGGCGACAUGCAAAUCAUCAGCGAUCCGCCGUCGGCUGAUAAUUCCGUCAAAUCGGAAGCUACUCAGCCGGUCGUUGAUCCGAUAGCCGAAAGGAUGGCAGAAAUAGUGACGAAGGACGAGAAAUCCGAGGAGAAAUCCGACGGUGAAGAAAACCAGAGUAAUACGAUCGUCGCUGCGGACCUGCCUCCUCUCCACGAGAAAUCCGACGCCGAAGCUCUCCUCGACGCCCUCGAGGAUCAGACUUUCGAACCUGCCGACGAGGAAAUGCCGGCUGAAAAAGACAAUAUUAAAAAAGAAAAUUCACCCGGGGCUCUCCCUCCCGAGUCCAUUAAACUCGAAGCCCCCGAGCCAAUGAUCACUGAACCAUCGCCACCAAUCGUCCCACAAGCAACCAUCACACCAAUCAUUGCUCCACCAACGACCAACGCACCGAAAAUUCCUUCGAUUCCUGUUGCGCCCCCAACCACAGUCCCCACUGUAAUCCCUACUUUGUUGUCACCGAGACAGAUUAAAUCUGAUCCCCGAGACGAGCCCAUGGAGGAUGAUAAACCUCUCGACGAAUCCAUGUCCUCCGUUACAAAUGGCAAUUCUAACGCUGAUCAAGAAUUGGAAGCGUUGCACAAAGCUAUACAACGGGAAGCUAAAGAUGAUCUUCCAAUCAAAAAGGAACCGCUCAAGCAAGAAAAGGAAAACGAACCGCGCCCCGAAGCCGGUGAUGAUUCAACCGCUUUGACUACUCUUGCUACCGCGGCCCUCGGCUCAGCCGAACAACCCGUCAAAGUCAAAACCGAGCUCACCGACGACGAGAAAAAAGAUAUAGAUUGGUACGACGUCGGCGUAAUAAAAGGCACGACGUGUACGGUUCAACAUUACUAUCUUCCUGGUGACGAGCCACUCGACAUGUCUCAAGCUCCCGGAGAUAUAUUCAAGGGCAGAACAAAGAUUCCUCUGGAAUCUGGAACAGCCUACAAAUUUAGGGUUGCAGCUGUAAAUAGUUGUGGUCAAAGUGCAUGGAGCGAGGUAUCCGCAUUCAAAACGUGUCUGCCAGGAUUCCCGGGCGCUCCGAGCGCAAUAAAAAUAUCAAAGUCUGCGGAAGGGGCCCAAUUGUCUUGGGAACCACCGCCAAGUCAUUUGGGUCCAAUUCUCGAGUACUCCGUCUAUCUCGCGGUUCGUAGCGCGAGUGCUGUUCCCAACAGCACCGGCGAAGCGACGACAGUCGCAACGACCCCGACUCAGUUAGCCUUCAUCAGGGUUUACUGCGGUCCUACUAAUGCCUGCUCCGUGCCCAAUAGUUCACUCAGCGCUGCGCAUAUGGACGUCACUACUAAACCCGCUAUCAUUUUUAGAAUAGCAGCACGUAACGACAAAGGAUAUGGACCAGCCACUCAAGUCAGGUGGUUACAAGAUCCAACGACAGCAGUGAAAAGUAAUCCUCAAGUUAAGCGACCAGUAAACGACGCCCGCUCGCAGGCAAACUCCCCUCAAAAAAGAGUUAAGCCCGAAAUGGCAGGUGACAAUUUUUCAUGUGAAACGUCAUUGAGUGAUCCCUCGUAAUCGACUGGGCGUUUUGUUGCCCUCCGCGUUGCGGAUUAGCGACGAAAACUUGACGAAACUUGGUGUGGAAGGACACGAUAUUGUGAAAACGUGUUUCGAGGAGCGAGGAAUCCGGGCGCGGACAGAAGGAAGCUGUGAAUUUGUAGAUUUGUCGAGACAGGGAUGGCGAUUUGACGGUCCUAGAAUUCCCUGUGUAACGCUGUACGUGCUAGAGUCGAAAUGCCUCCAAUUUUUUCUUCCGAGUUCCUUUCACGUGCUACGAAAGAAGGGGAGGGGGGGGGGGGGGAAUAAACUGGAGGUAUUUCGUAGCUCGAAGCACCGGAAAUUGUACAUAGGUGAGCGUGUGAGACACGUGCAUCGUCGAAAGUGAUAGAUUACCGUUCAUUUUGUCCUUUUUUUUUAAAAACCAUAUUUUUCCGUUUUCAAAAUCUGUGUCUGGUUUCUGUAUAAAACGAGAAAAGCAGAAAUAUCUAAGGGACAAGAAGCUGGAGGAGAAAAGCUGGCGGCGUUACGAGAGCCCACUAAAAAUCCAUAAAGAGCCAUGAAAGAAAGCACGUUCGUGUGGCUCGAGUUUGUGAAAAUGCCAGAAUGAGAGGAAAAAACAAAAGUGAAGAAAAUGGACAUGCAAAAGCGCCGCCGAACACGAUUUUUGACAAUGAACCAGGACAUUGUAUAUCUGUGAAGUAUCUGUAAUAGUAAAAAAGAAAAAAACAAACAAAAACUAUUGGUACGAACGAGAAUAAUGAUUAAGAGUUAUUGAUACGUGACGAGCGUUUGAGGUGAUGAUUCAAGUGAAACAAAAAAUAAGAAACGAAAUACUGACGAAUUAAAAGAGCGAAAGAGAGAGAGAGAGAGAGAAAGAGAGCUAGUGAAGUAAUGAGAGAUAAAAAAAGAAAGAAAGAAAAAUGAAUAAUAAUAAAUAAGAAUAAUAAUUAAUGCGAUCGGUCAAACGAAGAAGAUAUCUCAAACGAAUAUUAAAUUUUAUGAUAUAUUUUAUUUUUGUUUAAAAUAGUAGACAGGAUUAUUCAAUUGGUAUAUAAAAGAAGAAAAAAAAACACAAAUAAAAGUAAAAAAAAAAAAGAAAAGAAAUUAUAGAACAGCAAAGAGUCGUGAAAUAGCACGUGGGGUCGUUUGAUUAUUCAAACUUUUGGCUGUUCUUUUGCUUGGUUAUUCUUCUAUCAUUUAUUAUCUCGUAUCGAAUCAUUUAAAAGUAUAUAUAUAUAUAUACAACACACACACAUUAUAUAUAUCGUCUAUUCUUAUUUACCACUUUCGAUAAAGGAAUUAUGAAUAAUUUAAGUAAAGCUAACCUCCCCCCUCUCUCAUAAAGAAAAACAUCCCACCCUUUUACCCUUAUGAAAUAAAAAAAUGGAUCGAAACUUCGAAUAUAAGAGCAUUUCAUCUCUCAUUUAAGUUACAGUGUGUCACCGCUAUACUUUUCUCAAUGAAUUAUUCAAAAUAUUAAUUCUCUUCGAUGGUACAGUGUUAAGUAUAUAUAUAUUAUAUAAUAAAGAAAACAAAAUAAAUGUCAAA